AAAAAGAGAAGAAAAAAAACACACACACACAUAGAGAUGAAUACAAUGACCAGAGUUGAUGAGAAGCAGCCUCAUGUGGUGUUCAUACCAUUUCCAGCCCAAAGCCACAUCAAGUGUAUGCUCAAGCUAGCCGAGCUAUUGCACCACAAGGGUAUACAUAUAACUUUCAUCAACACCCGCUCCAACCAUAAGAAACUCGUAGAGUCUGGUGGGACUCAUGACUUCAAGGAUAUUCCUAGUUUUCAAUUCAGAACUGUUUCGGAUUGUCCUUCUGGUGCAGAGGAUGAUGGUGUUGAACCUGUGACGCCAACACUUGUUGAAGUUUGGAUGUACCUUGCAGACAAUUUCUUUGAUUCGUUUCUUGAUAUUGUAUCUGGGCUAGAAAGUACUCCGGCAACAUGUAUCAUUUGUGAUGGUUUCAUGACCUACACGAAUAUGAUUACUGCCGCGGAAAAGCUUAAGAUCCCUAUCAUCCUUUUUUGGACCAUGGCUGCUUGUGGGUUCAUGGGGUUUUACCAGGCAAAAGUUCUAACUGAUAAGGGACUUCUCCCUCUUCAAGAUGAAAGUUAUUUGACAAAUGGGUAUCUUGAGAUGGAAAUAGAUUGGAUUCCAGGAAUGGAAGGUUGUCGUUUAAAGGAUCUUCCCGAGGAUAUGCUAGUGACAAAGGUGGAUGAUCCUGGUUAUAGAUAUCUCUUAGAAACAGCUCAAGCUGCUCAUAAUGUUUCAUAUAUUAUCAUGCAUACCUUUGAGGAACUAGAAGCUAGACUCGUGAACGAGAUUAAGUCCAUAUUUCCUAAUGUUUAUACAGUUGGACCCCUUCAGUUGCUUUUGAAUCAGAUCAAAGAAAAAGAAAACAAAAAGACAGCUUUCAAUUGCUAUAGUUUAUGGAAUGAAGAACCUGAGUGUAUCCAAUGGCUAGAGUCAAAAGAACCGAGUUCUGUGGUGUAUGUUAAUUUUGGAAGUUUAGCAGUAAUGUCUUUAGAAGAUCUAAUAGAAUUUGGUUGGGGACUUGUUAACAGUGACUAUGAGUUUUUGUGGAUUAUUCGGGCUGAUUUGGUUAAGGGGAAUCCCGUGGUUUUGCCUAAGGAACUUGAAGAGGAGAUAGGCAAAAAAGGAUUUUUAGCAAAAUGGUGUUCACAGGAAGAGGUCCUGAACCACCCAUCUGUUGGUGGGUUUUUGACUCAUGGUGGGUGGGGUUCGACUAUUGAGAGCUUGUCUGCAGGAUUACCAAUGAUUUGUUGGCCAAGUAUAGGGGACCAACGUGCUAAUUGUAGACAAAUGUGCAAACAAUGGCAAGUUGGAAUGGAGAUCGGAAAGAAUGUAAAGAGGGAUGAAGUGGAGAAGCUUGUGAAGCUCUUAAUGGAUGGAUUGGAGGGUAAAAGAAUGAAGGAAAAAGCUAGGCAUUGGAAGAAAAUGGCCGAAAAGGCUACCAGUUCUAAUGGUUCGUCUUCUAUCGAUGUUGAAAAACUUGCUAAUCAGAUUAUCAACUUUCCAUAAAGGUAGAUUCCCAUAUUUUAGGCAGUAUGUUCGUGUGAAUUGAAGUCUUUUCUUCCUAUAUACACUACACAGUAUAUGGUACUGUCAGAGUCAAUCAUCAAGUCUUGCUGAGUUGCGGGUACACAAGGCAGGAAUUUUCAUUUAGAAAAUAACUGAUCUCAUCAAUUCAGCAAUACAGCAUUACUUAUUUGACCUGCAAUACAGCAUUUUUGUUCUGUUUUUUUUUUUUUUUUUAAUGUAAACAUAGGUUUCGUUCCACUUAAAAACUUUAUAUAAGAAUAGAAGGCAAACGGAGAACAAGU